AUGGCUGGAUGGGUUUGGUUGAUAUUUGUCAUCUUUUCUUACCAUUCUAUUUUUUCGGUUUGCCCCGUGACCACUUCGGUUGUAAGGUUUGUGAAAAAUUUUGAUUUCAAGGAGAGUGAAGGCUCCAUCGCAGGGGCUACUGUGUUUACUCUUGAUAAAAAAAGUGACUCAGAAAGAUUUGAACUUGAAUCUCCUAACCGUUGGGUUACUGUUGAACCCAAUGGUGAUGUUAAAGUGAAAGAACCAUGGGAUUAUGAACAACUUAGUAAAGAGAAAACAAUUGACUUUUGGGUUUUUGUGAAGCGACAUAAUCAUGACGCAGAGAAACAACAUGUUGUGAUCAAUGUGCGUGAUGUUAACGAUGAACCACCUUACUUUGUCAACCGGCCUCUUCCUAUGCAAGCUGUGGUUCAGCUUAAUGCACCACCAGGAACCUCAGUGUUUAAAUUACAGGCUCGUGAUCCUGAUACUAAUCAUAACAUCCAUUAUUUCCUAGUUCGCGAUAGAACUGGUGGACGUUUUGAAGUUGAUGAAAGAUCUGGAGAAGUGAGGACAAGAGGAAAUGAACCUUUCAUGCUUGAUCAGGAGUAUGCCAUCUAUGUCAAAGCUGAAGAUCAUGCUGGUACAAUCAAUGAUAGACAAUAUCAGUCCACUAAAGAGGAAAGGCUCUCCAUUAUGGGGGGUACCCGACCACCUCAAUUCUACAUGCCCAAAUAUGAUGCUACCAUUCCAGAAAAUCAAAGGAAAGAUUCCGAUAUCAUUGAAAUCAAAGCUAAAUCUUUUGCUGAUAGAGAAAUCAGAUACACGCUUCGAGCUCAAGGAAAAGGAGCGGGUACUUUUAACAUAGAACCAACAAGUGGUGUUGUCAAAUUGGCCAAGGAAUUAGAUUUUGAAGAUCUCCGUCAACCUAAGCAAUACUCAUUAAUUGUCACUGCCACUGAAGAUUCUGGUGGAUUUUCAACAUCCGUUGAAUUGACAAUCAAAGUUACCGAUGUAAAUGACAAUUCUCCCAGAUUUGAAUUACCUGAUUAUCAAGCCCAUAAUGUACAUGAAGAUGUUAGUGUGGGUACCAAAAUUCUCGAGGUGAAAGCAACUGACCCUGAUACCGGUAGAAAUGCGGAAAUUGUUUAUACAAUUGAUCGCAAUGAAUUCAAAAUUGAUGAAAAAGGUAUUAUUUACUCAAAUGGAAGACUAGAUGCAGAUGUCAACAACACCUAUCAGGUGGUUGUGCGCGCAACAGACAAAGGUGAUCCACCUCAGACUGGAACAGCCACCGUCAGAAUUUACACGGAAAACAAAAACGACGAACCACCCAAAUUCAGUCAAGAUGUUUAUACUCCUAAUGUCGACGAAAACGCCGGUCCAUCCACUUUGGUAACUACUGUAGUAGCCAGUGAUAAAGAUGGUGACGCCAUUCAUUUUGGAUUUGCCAAUGGAAGUAAUAAAUCAGGUGUAUUUGAAAUAGAGGAAAGAACUGGUGUCAUUCGCCUUCAAUCAGCACCUUUCGUAUUAGAUAAGGAUAAAUAUGAAUUGCAUAUCACUGCUCGUGACGAUGGAUCAUGUUGUAAGGAUGGAUCAAGAAUGAUUCAUACAAGUACAGCUCUUGUUGUAGUGUUUAUUACCGAUGUGAAUGACAACAAACCUGUUUUCGAAGAGUGUGGAUCUUACUCACCAACAGCGCAAGAAGGUGCACCCGCUGGUACUUCUGUAACUGUAGUGAAAGCAACUGAUAGUGACAAAGGACAUAAUGGUCAGGUUAGAUAUUCGAUUGUACAACAACCCAAUCAAAAAGGAACCAAAUUUAUUGUUGAUGAAAUCUCUGGAGAAAUUAAAACAAAUAAGGUUUUUGACCGUGAAGGUGAAGAUGGUCGUUUUGUCAGUGUCACCGUGAAAGCUGUUGACAAAGGUGUUCCCCCUCUUGAAGGUGUUUGCUCAUUUAAAGUUGAAAUAACUGAUAUAAAUGAUAAUCCACCUUUGUUUGACCGACAAGAAUAUCGUGAAAAUGUUAAACAAGAUACUCAAGUUGGAACCAAUAUUUUGAGAGUUUCUGCUUCUGAUGAUGAUGCAGAUAACAAUGGAGCCAUUCUUUACAAUUUAACUGCAGGACGAGAUCCCUCUGAUUUGGACUAUUUCUACAUUAGUCCAGAUUCAGGUUGGAUUAGACUUCAACGACCUCUUGAUCGGACCAAUUAUAAUCUUCAAGCAAUAGCCGUUGAUCGAGGAAUCCCUCAACACACUGCCACUGUUGCCAUUCUCAUUGAAGUUGUUGACCGUGCGAACAAUCCCCCGGUCUGGGAUCAACCUGUGUAUGGACCAGUAACUGUUAAGGAAAAUAUUAAAGUGGGAGACACAAUUCAAUCUGUGCGUGCUUCUUCAGGCAUUGCGGACAAUCCAACUGUUUUUUAUACUCUUAUAAGAGGAAACACGGAACAAACAAAUAAACGGGAUCAUUUUUACCUUACUCAGCGUACAGAUGACGAUGGAAUAUGGGCUGAUCUUAAAGUCAAUUAUCCUCUAGAUUAUGAAAAAUUGGCGCAUUACAACUUGACAGUUCGUGUUGAAAAUAACGGAGUCCAACAAUUAGCAUCAGAAUGUACUGUUUAUGUUGUUGUGGAUGAUGUGAACGAUGAGAUUCCUUUAUUUAUUGAACGAGAGCAAGAAACUGUAUUGGAAGGUAUGCCAGCCGGAACAAAAGUAACUCAAGUUCAUGCGGUUGAUCGAGAUGGAACUAAACCAUUCAAUCAGGUUUUUUAUGCAAUUGAGAAAUCAAAAGAUGGUUCAGAAAGAUUUUUCUCCAUUGACAAAGAAUCGGGUGAAAUUUUCACCAAAAAUGAAUUUGAUCGUGAAGAGAAACAAGCUUAUGCCGUUUUGGUCAGAGCCUUUGAUGGCGCACCCUCAGCUAGGCCAGGAAGUAACCCUGGUGAGCCCAAUUCAGUAACAAAAUACAUUCGUAUUGGUAUUGGUGAUAAAAAUGACAAUCCUCCUUACUUUGACCAAGCCUUGUAUGAAGCGGAAGUUAAUGAAGAUGAGGACAUUCAACAUACUGUUAUCACUGUCACUGCCAAAGACAAGGAUGAAUCUUCUAAGAUUCGUUAUGAAAUCACAAGGGGUAACACUGGUGGUGCUUUUGCUGUCAAAAAUGAAACCGGAGCCAUUUACGUUGCAGGGCCAUUAGAUUAUGAGUCUAGAAAAGAAUAUAAACUGAGAUUGGCUGCAUCUGAUAAUCUCAAUGAAAAUUACACCCAAGUUGUCAUUAAAGUGAAAGACGUGAAUGACCAUCCCCCUGUUUUUGAUCGUCCAAUCUACGAAACUCAAAUCACUGAAGAAGAUGAUCGUAACCUUCCUAAAAAGAUUCUUACUGUCACUGCUACUGAUGGUGAUAAAGAUCGACCACAAGGAAUCGUCUAUUUCUUAACUGGCCAAGGUACUGAAGACAAAGGUGAAGCUGAUAGGAAAUUUGAAGUAAAUGCAACAACCGGAGACAUUUAUAUUUUAAAACCUUUGGACCGAGAUUUGCCUCGUGGAAGAUCACAAUGGAGAUUCACUGUUUUCGCUGAAGACGAAGGCGGUAAUGGAUUAGUUGGUUUUGCUGAAGUUCUUGUCAACUUGAAAGAUAUUAAUGACAAUGCACCAUUUUUCCCAUUCAACAUCUACACUGGAAAUGUGACAGAAAAUGGUACUGCUGGUAUGACUGUUAUGACAAUGACCGCUACUGAUUAUGAUGACAUCAAUGAAGGUCAUAAUGCUAAGUUAAAAUAUUCAAUUGAACAAAAUCAAGUAAAUGAAAAUGGAGAGUUAAUAUUCAAUAUUGAUGAGGAUACUGGAGUUAUUUCAACUGCAGUCUGUUGUCUUGACCGUGAAACUAAUCCUGAAUAUACAAUUAAAGUGGUUGCAAUGGACGGAGGUCUUUUAAAAGGUACAGGUACUGCUACUAUCAAAAUAAAAGAUAUCAAUGACAUGCCUCCUUCAUUCACAAAGUCUGAGUGGCACGUUGAAGUUGAUGAAACUGAAGGUGAUAAAUUACCAGAUUUUCCUAUAUUGGUUGUCUCCGUUAAUGAUGGUGAUCUUCUGGAAACAAACCGGUUCAACUAUAAAGUUGAACCUGGCCAGUUUGGCUCUGACAAAUUCACAAUGGUAACAAAUAAUGAUGGUACAGGCUCCUUGAAAGUUGCCAAACCACUUGACUAUGAAGACCCUCGCCAAAGAUACGGAUUUAAUAUAACCAUCAUUGUCAGUGAUCAUGGAGGUGAAUCAAAUGAUCCUGCACACACUAGUCGUGCCAAGGUUUAUAUUAAACCAAAAGACAUCAAUGACAAUAAACCUGAAUUUGAAAAGCCUAACAUUGAGGUAACAGUGAUUGAGAAUAGCCCAGUUGGACAAACAUUGACAAAAUUUGCUGCCACCGAUGCUGAUCAAGGAGGUAAAUCUAAAGUUAGCUACAUGAUUGAUCGUUCAUCAGAUAAAAAGAGGCAAUUCACCAUUGAUCAAGAAGGUAUUGUCAGAAUUCAAAGGAUGUUAGAUCGUGAAGAUAUUCCAAGACAUCAUGUUAAAAUCUUAGCUGUUGACGAUGGACAUCCUGCUAGAACUGCAACUGCCACCUUAACUGUUAUCGUUGGUGAUAUCAAUGAUAAUUACCCAAGAUUCUUGAAAGAUUACCGACCAGUCAUCAUGGAACAUGAGCCUCCGCAAAAAGUUGAAGAAAUUUUAGCAACUGACGAUGAUGACAGAUCUAAGCACAAUGGGCCUCCUUUCACUUUUAGAAUGGAUCCUAAUGCACCUGAAAUCAUUAAAAACUUCUUUGAUCUCUCCCAUGAUCACAACGGUGCUAACGGUGACGGUAUGGCCAUUGUUAGGUCAAAGGUUAAAUUUGAUCGUGAAGUUCAAAAAGAAUAUCAAAUUCCAAUAAUCAUAAAAGACAAUGGAACACCUUCAAUGACUGGAACCAGCACUCUAACUGUUAUCAUUGGUGACAUUAAUGACAACAAGAUGAACCCUGGUAGUAAAUCAAUUUUCAUUUAUUCUUUCAAGGGUCAAUCACCUCCAACUGAAAUUGGUAGAGUUCAUGUAGAAGAUCAAGAUGAUUGGGAUUUACCAGAUAAAACCUUUUUCUGGGAAGAUCACAUUGCUCACGAAAACUUUGAGCUUAAUCAAGACACUGGAAUGAUAAUGAUGAAAAAUGUAUCAGAAGGUUCAUACUUUUUGAAGUUCAAGGUUUACGAUCGGAAACAUACACAAGAAGUGAAUGCCAAUGUUACUGUGAUUGUUCGUGAAAUACCUGAAGAAGCUAUUUAUAAAUCGGGCUCCCUUCGUGUAUCUGGAGUAACAGCUGAAGAUUUUGUUCGAACCUACGAUUGGCAAACUCCCAGUUACCAGAAAAUCAGUAAAUAUGAGAAAUUUAAAAGUGCUUUGUCUGUCAUAAUGAAAACCAAACCGGAUAAUAUUGAUGUGUUUAGUGUAAUUACCCGGCAAGAAAGACCACCCAUCACUGACAUUAGAUUUGCUGUUCAUGGUUCACCUUACUAUGAAUCAACUUAUCUCGAUGGUACUGUGGCUGUGAAUCGUGAUCACAUUGAAAGAGAAGUCGGAAUUAACAUCACAAUGGUUGGAAUUGAUGAAUGUCUCAUGGAAGGUUUACACUGUGAGGGUAGUUGUAACAAUGAACUUAAGGUAUCAAGAACACCCAUUCUGGUUAACGCUAAUCGAACUGCAUUUGUUGGUGUCAAUGUUUGGAUUCAAGCUAAAUGUGUUUGUGGUGCUCGUGAUUUCAGUGAACCGGAAACAUGUCGCAAGUAUCCACCCCCUUGUGCCAAUGGUGGUCGGUGUACCGAUUCAUCGGUUGGUGCUCUGUGUAAAUGCUUGAAAGGUUAUGAUGGUCCACAGUGUCAAGUGACAACUCGAACCUUCCAUGGAAAUGGUUGGGCGUGGUUCCCACCUCUUCAACAGUGUCAAGAGUCACAUUUGAGUCUUGAAUUUACAACUCUUACUUCCAGUGGACUUAUAUUUUACAAUGGACCCAUAGUCAGGCCUGACAUUGGUGUUCAAGUGGUUUCUGACUUCAUCUCUCUUGAACUUUACAAUGGUUAUCCUAGAUUAUUGAUUGAUUUUGGUUCUGGUACUACGGAAGUUACGGUGCGUACUUUUGGUGACCUUCAUGAUGGUGAAUGGCAUCAUAUUGAUAUCUUUUGGGAUAAAGAGACUGUUCGAAUGAUGGUUGAUCAUUGCUCUGGUACAACUGUAGAUCCUAAAGACUCUCGUGAACCUUUGCACAUAGAUAGAUCUAAAUGUGAAAAUAUAUCACAUAUCGUUCCUUUUAAUGAAUUUCUUAAUGUUAACGCACCUCUACAAUUGGGAGGUAUUUACAAACUGCCCGAAGAUUUGGAUCAAUAUUUCAACUGGAUGCACAAACCUACAAAGACUGGCUUUACCGGGUGCAUCAGGAAUUUUAUUCACAACAGUCAAAUGUAUGAUCUCGGUUCCCCUGGUAGCCUUUCUAAUAGUUUGGUUGGAUGUCAACCAGCAAAAGAAAAAUGCGAUAGCAAUCCAGUAACUCGUAACUGCCAACACGGUACCUGUAUGGCCUCAUACAAUAAUGCUCGUUGUGUUUGCCAACCAGGUUACUUUGGUAUUCGCUGUGAUAGAGAAACUCAAUCAAAAAUGUUCCAACAUAGUAGCUACAUCAAAUAUGCUCUUUCCUUUGAACCUGAUCCCUAUAAAACUGAUAUUCAACUUAUGUUCCGAACUCGCCAAAAAUCUGGUGAACUUUUCCGUGCCACCAGUAAACAUGGACGUGAAUAUGUUAUUCUUGAUAUCAAGGAUAAGAAACUCAGAUUCCGUUUCAAUUUAAAUAGCCUCAAAUCUGCAGAGGAACGUGAAUUAUGGCUUCCCAACAUUACAGUGAGUGAUGGCCAAUGGCACACAGUACAAGUAUCACGUUAUGGUAGCACAGCUUCAAUCGCCCUGGAUGGUGGAGGAGGAAGACGUUUUAAUGAGAUAAUUGAUUAUAUUGGUCUCCACCAAUUGAUGACAGUUGAACGGCAAAAUGUUGUCGCUGGAGGUGAUGUGCAAUAUCUUGGUCCAGGAGUAACAAUGGUUGAUAAUGAUUUCCAAGAAGGUUGUAUGAAUGACAUAAGAUUGGAGCAACGCUACUUACCAAUGGAAAACGGAUCAGAAAAUGCUGCAGUUGUUGAAUUCCGAAGCCUUAUUGAUGGCUGUCCAUCAAAUAACCCUUGCCAAGGAAUAUUAUGUCAGCGUCCGUUUGUUUGUUAUGAUCUUUGGAUGUUACCUGAUUGCUCUUGUGAGCCUGGUUUCAUACGAACUGAAGAUCAUGAUAACUGUACCGAUGCAAAUGAAUGUCUAGCUGACCCUUGUCUCAAUGGUGGAACUUGUGUUAAUCGUGACAAAGGACAAGGGUUUUACUGUAUAUGCCCGGAGGGUUUCUCUGGUGAUGUAUGCAAUGCUCUUCGUCAAGAGAAGGUCAUGCGAUUAAGCAAUGCUGCCUUGGUUACAAUUCUCAUUUGCCUUCUUAACAUCUUGAUUUUACUUUUAGUUAUCUUCGCCUAUUCUCGAACAAGAAGGACCGAUCAAAAGUUUGGACAUGGAGAUAUGGAUGACGAUGUUCGUGAAAAUAUCAUCAAUUAUGAUGAUGAAGGAGGCGGAGAAGAUGAUAUGAACGCUUACGAUAUAACACCAUUGAGGAUACCAAUCGAUCCUCAUGGUUUAAAACAAGAUCCAAAAGGGACACUACUUAAAUCUGGUCGACAAAGGCAAUAUCCCCCAGGCGCUCAUUUAGAUAUUGGGGAAUUUAUACAAGACAAUUUGAAUAAAGUCGACUCAGAUCCGAAUGCACCUCCUUUCGAUGAUCUUAGAAAUUAUGCCUACGAAGGCUGCGGUAGUAACGCUGGAUCUCUUAGUUCGUUGGCAUCAGGUAACGAAGAUAAUGAACAAGAUUUCGAUUAUCUUAAUGGAUGGGGGCCAAGAUUCCAGAACUUGGCGAGAAUGUACCAACAAGGAGAAAGUAAAAUAGAAGAUUAAUCAAGGUUUAAUAAGAAAAAAAAACUAAUAAUAAUAAAUUCCUUUUUAAAGUCACCAUGACAACCUGCUCAGGUAAACUGUAUUUGCCAUAAUGUCUACUAUUCAACAAAAUCGACGACAACAAAUCAACUACAACACACACUUGUAUUUGUUAUACAUCAAUCAUACCACCAUUAAUUGUAAUAAAUCUCAUCUCAUCUCAUCAUUCUUUCCUCUCUCUCUCACUAUACUUAAACAUACUCUCAUUCGUUUUUUCAUCUCAUAAUUAAUUAAAUAAAUUAAAUCUCUUUUGUAAAUUAACAACCAACUAAAAGAAAAA